UCUGUCCGUCCAUCCAUCUGCCGUGGAUCUCAUGGGAACACGUCGGUAAAUAUGCUGCUGCUAGUCCGACUCUGCCUGGUCACCGGUGUCGCCGGCGUCACAGUAUGGGGGGGUCCCGCAGAGACGGUGGUGGGCGUGUCCGGGCGUAAAGUGGCGCUGCCGUGCAGGGUGGCGGCAGCCAAGCGGAGAGGCCUGCACACGUGUUGGGGGAGAGGUGAGCCGGCCAUGUUCUCCUGCCACAACAUGCUGGUCAAUGUAGCCGGCGAGCGCAUCAUGUACAAGAGCUCGUACAGGUACUCAGUGUCUUCAGGCCCAGGCGAAGCGUCCUAUCUCUCCAUCUUUAACGUUCGCUCUUCGGACUCUGGCUAUUACCACUGCCGGGUUCAGCUGCCGGGACCCUUCAACGACAAAACCUUCUCUGUACUCCUCAUCGUCAUCAAACGCGCUGGGAACCUGAAUGCCCCACCGACUACACUAGGUGGUCAUAUUGUACCAGGGACAGGAAGUGAUGUCACAGAGAGAGCGAUAUUGCGGGACAGCACAGUAGACGACACAACCGGACCGGUGGUGGCACGGGUUCAGACGCCUGUUCGCCAGCAAGACGGCAACAGUCUGCGAUUGUUCCUCGGAAACACGCUCAGAAUCUCCUUCAUCGUCUUCAUACCUGCAGUGGAAUCAGGAGGUCAAAUCAGAAAGCAAUGACAGACAGCAGCGGCAGCCAAUCAGAAGAGGCCGAGGAGGACGUGGAUCUGUAGUGGGAUGCAAGUUUUUCUUUCUCAUUCAUUUUUGUUUUACAGUCAAAGAAGAAAAUCAGUGAAAAUAGCCUCAAAUAUCAAAUCGCAAUUUAAAAAUGCUUAAUUAGUAAUUUUUUCAAAUUGCUUUGAGAAUACAUGUAUGUCAUGUAUUUCAUAAUGUUCUAAUUAAUUAAAUAAGGAUUUACAUCUUUUGCAAAAAUCACCAUUACGUUCUACAUACUUCUGGAACUUAUUGCAUCCAGUAUGAUAAAAGUAAAAGUAAGUAUGACCUGUAAACAAAAAAAUAUAUCUAGUUUUUGUUUGUUUGUUUUUUUUUUCACAAUAAAAAGUUGCCAAAACCUGGCGGGGAUCUGCGUAAUUUUGUAGUGUAUUUAUGUAGUGUAUUUUCAUAUUAAUGGCAUAGAUAGCAUAGAUAAGAUAUUGUAAGUAUUGGUGGCAAAAUACUGAUUUUCUGUAGCUUAUAAACAGGAAUCAACAUAAAGUACAUUUUAAACUAUUGAGAAGAGAAGACUUUUUAAUUUUUAUUUAUCUUUUUUUUACCAGUGGCCAGUUUUCACUCUUUUCUUUCUAGUACAAAGAUUUUUUUUUCUGAGUUUUUUCAUUUUCUUCGUUCCUUUUGUACCAGUAAUUCCAACAAAUGUUUUUUUUUUUUACUAUUUGGCAGACAGUUUAGU